AUGGAUAAAAAUACCAAAACAAAAGAAGUCAAACAACCCAGCAAAUCUAAGAGUAUAGAAACUCCUAGAAAAGAAAUAACUGGGAUAGAGAAGGAGAGGGAAAGCAAAUCGGUGGUGGGUAGGAAAAAUAGGAAGACAACCAACUUAGAGAAGACAACUGAUUCUAGGAGUAAAUCUCAGGCAGCUACACCGGCGAAAUCCCUAAAAACAAGGGAAGAGAGGAUUAAAACCAACAGGAGAGUGCCCAGAACGGCUGCCGUACAAAUAAGCUGCCGCGGUGAGGCAACUCAUGCGGAGGUUAUGCGUAUUGCAAAGACCAAGGUGGAUAUUGAUAGCCUUGAAAUCCCGGAGAUAAGGCCAAGAAAGGCCAGAACAAGAGCACUCCUUCUUGAGAUCCCGGGAAAAGAAGGGGCUAGCAAAGCAGAUGCGCUAGCCGGUAAGCUCAAAGAAGCCCUCGGAACGAGAAAGUACUAA